AUGCGGGAGCGCCUCCCCCUAUGGUCGGGCUGGGUUGCCAUUGCUGCCUCUGAUGGCACCAACUUGACCGUACCGUACCUUGGCGUCGCCGGUUCUAUGCGCUCGGCCCCAGUCUUCGGCAUCAAGUCCAUUGGCCAAAUCAAAACAUUUCCCCAGUUUGAUCACGUAAAGGAGUUUUGGUCCGGGGAGUGGUAUCCAAAGGACGACUACCGCGACUUUACGCCGAAAGGAAAGCAUUCUGCCUUCUGGCUGGGUGGCCGCGCUGGACAGGGACCAUUAGCUCCUCCUGGACGAUAUAAGAUUGUUGCACGAGCGCUUUCGAUCAUGGGUGAUGCGAGUAACGCCUCUCACUGGAACUCUAUUGAGUCUCCAGUCUUUCGCAUCGCAUACAAGCAGAACUUGAAGAACCUAGGCUAG